GCCAUGCCCAGCAAACUCAGCACCCUCCUCGCCUCCUCCGGCAGAACCCCCCAAAUCCUCGACGGCGCCCUAGCAACCUACCUCGAGACCCUCGGCGCAGAUAUCAGCAGCGCGCUCUGGUCCGCGCAAAUCCUGCUCGACCAGCCGUCUCUCAUCCAGCGCACGCAUCUCGACUACUACCGCGCUGGCGCUAAUAUUACUAUCACGGCGUCGUACCAGGCCUCGCUCCCGGGGCUGGUGAAGCAUCUGACCGUGAGUGAAGAGGCGGCGAAGGUGCUGGUUGGGAAGAGCGUUGCGUUGGCGCGGGGAGCGAGGGAUGAGUAUUUUUCCUCGCGGCGGGCGCAUGCCGCGAGAGCGAGGCUAGGAGAGAAUGAAGAAAGGGAGGAGGACGAAGUUCUGCUCGUAGCCGGCAGCGUAGGGCCGUACGGUGCUUUUCUCGCAGACGGGAGCGAGUAUCGAGGAGACUACAUGCUGGGGAAGCAGCAGCUGAAAGCUUUCCACCGCGGGCGCAUGCAGGCGCUAGUCGAAGCCGGCGUCGACGUGCUGGCGUGCGAGACGAUGCCUUCGUAUGCAGAGAUCUGCGCGCUUGCUGAGUUACUGCGAGACGAGUUCCCGGGAACCGAGGCCUGGUUCUCGUUUACGCUGCGCGACGCGGGGCAUAUUAGCGAUGGGACGGCGCUGGAGGAUGUCGUUAAGGCGCUGGAGGGAGCGGAGCAAGUCGUUGCGCUGGGAGUCAAUUGUGUACCGUCUGACCUCGCACUCGGCGCGCUGAAGCAGUUGAAGAAGUUUACGCGCAAACCGCUCGUUGUGUAUCCGAAUUCAGGGGAGCUGUGGAAUGCGGAAAGACGGGACUGGGAAGGCUCGAGGAGCGAGGGCACACAGCUAGCGGAGCGGACGAAAGAGUACUGGGAUGCUGGGGCGAGGCUGAUCGGAGGCUGCUGUCGGACGACGCCGGCGGACAUCAAGGUCAUAGCUGAUACAUUG